ACGCAUCCAUGUCCCAGGCAGACCUAACGGCUCCGCCUGCGCCGAUUGCCGAAGAACCUGAACCUACCACGCCUAUACCACCUGUCUCAGAGAUGGCUAAGGAUAUACACGAGGCUGCGCCAAAUGAAAGUAAAGAAGUCGAAGAGUUCCCCAAAGCAGAUGUCGACAAAGUGGAAGCACCCACCACGUUGGCUGUACCAACAGCGGAUGGGUCUCGAUUUAUUGAGGGUUCUUCCCCUGGAACGCGUGAGUCUACACCUAGGGCAAAGAACCGUGUGUUAAUCGAACUGGCCGCUAGUUCCGGAGUCAUUGACGGGGCUUGA